AUGGCCUCCCGCUUUGUCUCGAUCUUGCAGUGGGUGGCUUCCUGCGAUGCCCAGGCCGCGUGCCCUCCUUUCUUCGACUUUGCAUUUCAGGAGCUCAGGCAUCGAGUGCAUGAACUUCCACAGGCAGACAUCCGCCGCGCAGCUGAACUGUUCAGUCAGGUUCACCUGGAGCGACCUGACCUGCUGCCUUCUGCAGCAUCCGCGUUGGCUCGGGCAGCACGGCCGCCAGAAGAGCUGCCGGAAGUCGCAUUGUACCUUUCCACCCUGGCUGGGCUCUACUCGCGCGUGGCGGCCUUGCCCAAGAGUGAGGAAGCUUCCAGCCAAGAGGAAAGACGAACCGCCUUGAUGGCUUUGGCGGAGAAGCUGUCGGGAGGGGCCGAGACGGUGCAGGAUCUGCUCACUCCAAGCACAGUGGCACACGACGCUACCUUCCUGGCCCUAUCAGCCUUCGCACAGGCUGUAUGCAGGCCUGUGGAUGAUGUGCCGGCGGCCAGAGAGCUGGUUCUGCAGGCAGGCCUGCGACUCUUUGACAGCUUGUGCCGCUUGCUUAUGUUGGUGCACGAAGUUGCUGGCUUUGGAGCAGGAGAGCCUCGGUUCUCUCCGCAGCAUGUGCACAUCUUCAUCACAGCCCUGCGGAGCUUCUGUGUGGGAAAGGGGUCUGCGUCACCUCCAGUAUCCUGCCUUGAUGUUCUGCAAGGUGUGGUGCAGCACACGGUCGCAUCCGCAGCAGACAGUGACAAGGAGGCGCGCCUUUGUCUCGCGGUUCUGCAGGAAUUGGCCACUGAUCCGGCCUGUCCUGGCUCACUCAAGGCAAUCCUCCCAGGAUUGGAGGCGAACGAGGUGCACAGUGUGCAGGGCGGCGAACCAAGUGGCCCCGGUGGAACUGCGCAGCGGCGCUUGCGGGCUGCGAUGGCCGCUUCACCGGGCAGUCAAGGCGUGCAUGUCACUUAUGUUGCAAGGCUUGCAAACGGACGGUUUCUGUCCGACUUCAGGAGCCGGUGGCUUUGCGAGAGAAGGCAGGAGUCUGGGAGAGAUGAGAAGCCUGAUGGUCAGAGUGCACCAUGGCUCCCGGCCAGGUCAGGAGCGUGGUUUCCUUCGGCGGAUGUUUGGGCUCUAGACUUUGCUUGUCGAAAAUAUCUCCCACCAAGCACUUCCCAAACCCCGCCCACCUGCAAAGUGUAUACAUACAUAGAUACAUGCAUGCAUACAUACAUACAUACAUACAUACCUGUGUGUGUGUGCGCAUAUGACAUGCAUGUAAGUACGUUUGUACAUAUGUGCAUGCGCUCCUCCAUACAUGCGCAUGUAUGUACAUACCUAUGUGUGUAUGUAGGAUGA